CUGCAACUCACCCUGGCGCAGCGGCUGACAACGCGCCAGCUCGACACUUCACCUUGAAAAACAUGCUGACAAGCUGGAAGCAGUAGAUACUCUUCCAGGAACACUUCUCCUUCAUAUACCCGCCAAUCGUGAGACGCGGAUAACCGAAUCUUCACCAGCGGUGACGGACUGCUUCGAUUUCAGUCGCAGACAGACUGGCGAGCCCUUGACGAGGAGUGGCCAGCCAUUGCGAACAACACGCAUGACGAACCUUUUCAACUAAUUUCUCGAACUGCCCACCUUCCAGCAACCAGCCCACUAUGGCGCAAGUCUUAUUCGACCUCAUAUCCUCCUUCGGGAGCUGCCUGAACUGUUUCCCGAGCUCGCCGACGCUCAACAUCAACAACCGCAGCUUCAAGAUCUUGCGACUGCUUGGCGAGGGCGGCUUCUCGUACGUCUACCUGGUUCAGGACACGUCGACAUCGGAGCUCUUUGCGCUGAAAAAGAUCCGCUGUCCGUUCGGCGCCGAGUCGGUCGCGCAGGCCAUGAAGGAGGUCGAGGCGUACAAGCUGUUUGCGCACAGCCCGGGCGUCAUCCACAGCGUCGAUUACGCCAUAGCCACUGAGCGCGGCGGUGGCGAGCAGAGCAAGACGGUCUAUGUGCUCCUGCCGUACUACCGCCGCGGCAACCUGCAGGACAUGAUUAAUGCGAAUUUAGUCAACCAUACCCGGUUUCCCGAGAAGAGGUUGAUGUUGUUGUUUUUGGGGGUCUGUAGGGCGCUGAGGGAUAUGCAUUUGUAUCGCGGCCCCGGGGAGGCUGGGGUUGGUGACGGUACGCGCGGAGAAAGGAUGGAGGUCGGGAGGGUGGUUGAGAAUGGGAAGAAUUCCAAGGGGCGGCAGGGUGGCGCCGACGAGGAUGAUGAGACGGAGCAGCAGCAGCCGUUGAUGACGGAGGAUGAGAGGCUUCCGGCUGCGGCGCCGGGGGCAUUGAGGAGUUAUGCCCAUCGGGAUAUCAAGCCGGCCAACAUCAUGAUAUCGGACUCGGGCACGGAACCCAUCAUCAUGGACCUCGGCUCCAUCGCCGUCUCGCCCCUGCCCAUCACCAGCCGCUCGCUGGCCAUCGCCACACAGGACACGGCCGCCGAGCACAGCACCAUGCCGUACCGCGCACCCGAGCUGUUCGACGUCAAGACGGGCACCGUCAUCGACACCAAGGUUGACAUCUGGUCGCUCGGCUGCACCUUAUACGCCUGCCUCGUCGGCAAAUCGCCGUUCGAGAUGCGCAGUGACGAAACGGGCGGGUCGCUGAGCAUCUGCGUGCUGUCGGGCGACUGGCGCUUUCCGGACGAGGGGCCUGGCGGGAAGCAAAAGGCCAAGGGGAAAGGGCCGGCGGCGUCUGCGUCGACAGCGGCCGACGACGAGGUUAUCAGCGAGCCCAUCCGUGAGGUGGUCAGGAGGUGCUUGAAGGUGGAGCCGAGUGAACGGCCGGAUAUUGACGAGCUGAUCGAGAUGGUCGAGCGCGUGGUGGAUGAGCUGCCGGAAGACCGGCCGGCUUGAAGGGUCAAUGGAACGAUAGGAGUGUCUGUUCGCUGUGCUCUUUUGACUGGUUCGGGGCGGGUGUGAUCUAUGAUGGCGUUAGGCGCCGGGAACAGGAGCGAGACCUUUGGGUUGGUGGACUUCCUUCCGUGUAUUAUGAAUACCUCUUGAAUAUGUGGCUGGGAGCCUCAAAUAUCUUUGAUCCUUGUGGGAUCAUCCAACACUCGAGAAUCUUUCUAUUCACGACCCGAAGACCAUUCUAUUG